GGCCCAUAGAGCAAAGCUAAGUAGAGCAUCUCAAGGAUUCGUGCGGCUAACUUGCGCCUCUCUCCGUUCCCUACCGCCAAAACUGGAUACUCCCCAUGGCAGAGGAAGAAACCUCCUCGCCUCGCACCAGAGAAGAUGCUGGAAAGUUGCAAUAUGGAUGCGACCAUUACCGUAGAAGAUGCAAAAUCCGAGCUCCUUGUUGCCAAAAAAUAUUCUCAUGUCGUCACUGUCAUAACGAAGCCACUAGCGCGAUGAGCAAUCCUGAUGAUCGGCAUGAAGUCGUUAGGCAUGACAUUAAACAAGUCAUUUGUUCACUUUGCAACACCGAGCAGGAGGUUGCUCAGGUUUGCUCCAACUGUGGAGUCAAGAUGGGUGAAUACUAUUGUGAAAUAUGCAAAUUUUAUGAUGAUGAUACAACUAAAGGUCAGUUUCAUUGCGAAGGAUGUGGGAUUUGUAGAGUUGGGGGUAGAAACAACUUUUUCCAUUGUGAGAAAUGUGGUUCUUGUUAUCAAGUGGAAUUGCGGAAUAAUCAUUCAUGCGUUGAGAACUCCAUGAAGCACCACUGCCCAAUCUGUUAUGAGUACCUUUUUGACUCUAUUAAAGGUGCAACGGUUAUGCAGUGUGGACAUACUAUGCACGCAGAUUGUCUCAAUCUGAUGGCUGAACAAAAUCAGUACCGCUGUCCAAUAUGUUCCAAGACUGUGCUGAAAGUGUCGAAUUAUUGGAGAAUGCUAGAUCAGGAGAUUGAAGCUAUUCAAAUGCCUGAGGAAUACCAUUAUGAGGUUUCAAUCUUAUGCAAUGACUGCAAUGAAACCAGCAAAACUGCAUUUCAUAUUGUUGGGCUAAAGUGCAGCCACUGCAGAUCAUACAAUACUCGAAGGAUUUCAACACCAGAUGAUCACUGAGAGGUUUGGCUUGGCUGCCAAUACGAGUGAUGGGCUUCAUACACUGCUGAACUUGUAGAAGGCAUCGUUUUGUUUUGGCAAAUUCUCUUGCUCUUCUCGAUCACUGUUCGUAUGAUUACCUAAGAACCGAGAAAAAAAAAAGCCCUUUAUUUUAUUGUUUUCCUAUUGACAUCAUUUAUUUAUUAUUAGCUGAAGAUGUAUGGUCACAGUUAAUUAGUAUUAGCACCCUGAAAAACCUGUAAUGUUGUUUACUGCAUUUAUUUCAGAAAAUGAAUGACAUAGGAAGUGUAAUAGAUAUGAUAGUAAUCUCAUGUUUGUUUGUUAGAAACUGCAAGCAGUAAAAUACUUGUUCAAUCGUCUAACAUUCUCCAACUUAGUUUGCAAAUGAUCGAGUUGGGCCCAGACAAGGAAAUGGCGUUUUCUGCUUCAAUUUUAAAUGGAGAAAUAAUUAAUCCGAUGUCAUCAGGUCACCAAUAUUAUUUACGUCAGGGAUGAUGAAAUGCACUGCAAAUAGGAUACCAAACAGAGAUUUGGGAUGUUAACCACACAUGGGUUAUCCUAAUUAUUCUGGGUGGGGAAAAAAAAGAAAGAAAGGCUGAGGCAGUCUCCAGCAAUCUCUAAUAAGUAGGAAAAGUUACUAAAAGCUAAAUAUCUUUAAUAGAUCUCUCAGUUUUGACGUCCUUUUCGUUCAUCUCAUCUGCCUGCCUCUGCGCUUUCUCAUUAAUGCUCCUAUCACGAAAUCCUAACCGACUUCGCCUACAGGGCAUAAAUAACUUGAUGCCAAAUUCAUCUAUUACGAGUUUAAUUUUAUAAUUAUUAAAUUAAAUAUUUAUAUUUGAAUUUAUAUAAAAUUUAAUCAUCAUUGUAAUACUCGAACCACCUUUUUUUUUUUCUUUUUAAUUGAAUGAGCUGGAUAAUGGGCCACGGUUCUACUUCUCAUAAAUUCUCCACCAUAUUCCAGCUUCAGAUCUGCUAAGAGAGAUUUCAAGAACUUCAGCACUUUGAUGUUGUAAAGAUCUCUGGGAGAUGUUUUACAACAAGAAAAGGCUUUAAACUGAAUAUCCUUGGAAUGGGUUAAGCAACAAGGACUCUUGAGCUGCAAUAGCCUACAAAAUCCACCAGCCUUGGGCACCAACAU